AUGCCAUCAGGUGCUAAGAAGAGAAAAGCUGCCAAGAAAAAGAAAGAAAAGGAAACCCACAAUGGCAAAUCCUCAACCGACGACAAUCCUCAAGGAAAUAAUGAAGUGACCUCCCAAGAUGAGAAAGGAAGUGAUGGUGGUGAUGUUGGCUCCACUGCAUUUCAGGAGCAUCAUAACCAGCAGGAUCCAUUUAAGAAGAGCAAUGAGGAGCUGGGCGAGCGAGGCCCAUCAUCAGUUCCACCAGUUGUUUCUGAGGAUAAGUCCGGGAAGGGAGCUCCUAGUGGUGUGGAGGCUGUUCAGAAGGUUGGAUUGAAGAAUGAUGAUGGUGUUAGAAUUGAGAGGGAAUUGAAACAGGAUUCCGCAAGCAAAAAUGUGAUUAUUGAGCAUGCGAAAUCUGCAAAGGGAUCACAUAAUGGGGAUGAUAGAAGCUCAAGCAGUAGUAGUUCAGAUGACGAGUCUCAAGUUGUUGAGAGGAGGCAGAAGGAGGAUUCCUAUGCUUCAGUUUCAGAGGAGAAACCUCAUAAUGAUUUGGUAAGGUCAAUUGAUUCUUCACCACCAGAAGUGAUUCAGACUACCGAAGGUGCACCAUCUGUGAAGAAUGCAAGUUCAGUUACAGAGAGUACACCAGUUGAAAGUUCAGUUUUCUCCAAUGUUGUAGUAAAAACGGGGUUGGAGAAUGGUGCAGAGAAAUUGUUGCCUACUGGAACUCCUGUAACUUUGACGGAUCCUGUAUCAAAGAAAAUUGAGAAUAGAACAUCUCCGUUACUGAAUGAGACUGCUAAGGGGUCUUCAAGUAUGGUGGAAUCUGUUUCUAGAGAAAAUGAAAGUAAAGUAUUGCCGUCAUUAGGUACUUCUCGGGCUCAAGUUAGUAAUGAUGCUGAAUCCAGCAAAAAUCCUGAGAUUCCAGAAUAUUCUGAAAAGCAGCCUCUGGUAGCUCCGGCCCCACCAGUUCCCCCGAAAAACAUCUUGGUUUAG